AUGCCUGUAGCCCGGCCUCCCCCGAAAAACGCGCACAAGCACCUGUCAGCGCCUUACCCAUCUGCCAACCCAGCUUCCAAUCAACAUGCUCAGGCGGUGGUUCCCGAAAGCACCGGGGACAACCUCAGAUCAGGCUCCCACGUGAAUGAAAAAGCGCAGGGUCAUGUCAGCCAAACCGCAGCUCGCUCCUGGGUCGCCGCCGCCCGCGAGAUCCUGAAAGCCGGCGACACUGCGCAGAAGCAGGAAUACGGCGAGCAGGCCGCUCAUCAGACCCAGAUUCAGCACAUUCAUCUCAAGCUUGAAAAUCUCGCUCUGGAGACCAAGGAACUGGUGACCAGUCUGGACCAGUUGACCAGGGAUAUCAAGCGUCAGAGAGCCAAGCUGGAGCGGCUGUGUAAGGAUUUGAAGAUGGCGAAUACCGAGAUCUCGCCGAAGACCUACAAUGCUGUGUGGAAGGCUUAUCGGGCUGCUGUCUAUGCUUUGCUUGAUGCGCAUAAAGAUGAUGAGGAGGGAUGUGCUAUGGUCAAGAAGGAGUUAGAAGCGUUGGAUGAUGUCCACCAUUAGGUGGAUGAGGAUGGGAUUACGAAUCGUGCAGUUGGAGAUGCUUUCAUC